AUGAAGGCCAACGUUUUCGCUGCUACCAUCCUCGCCGCCUUCUCGGCCGGCGCCUUCGCCCAGGACGGUGAGGACAACUUCCCUACCGCCGUUCCCACCGGCUUCCCCACCGGCUUCCCUACCGGCGAGCGCCCCACCCAGGUCCCCGGUGCCGCCCAGCCCUCCGGCGGCUUCGGUGGUGGCUUCCCCGGUUUCGGCGGCGGCUUCCCCACCGGCCUCCCCUCCGGCUUCCCUACUCAGGUCCCCGGCGCCGCCCAGCCCUCCGGCGGUUUCGGCCACGGCUUCCCCGGCUUCGGCGGCGAGCGCCCCUCCGGCUUCGAGACCCGCGUCCACAGCCGCUCCAACGAGGCCGCCGGCUUCGGCGCCGCUGCCGCUGAGACCGGCGCCCCUACCGGCACUGGCGCCGCUGGUGCCCGUCCCACCGGCAAGGGCAAGGGCAAGGGCCGCGGCAAGGGCAAGAACCACGGCACCGGCAUUCCCUCCGGCUUCCCCUCCGGCUUCCCCACCCAGGUCCCCGGCGCUGCCCAGCCCUCCGGCGGCUUCGGCGGCGGUUUCCCCGGCUUCGGCGGCGAGCGCCCCUCCGGUGCUCCCUCCGGCGCCCCCGCCGCUGAGCCCACCGGCUCUGCUUAA